AGUUUGGGAUUCACAACACCACCAGGGAUCUUCGGUUGGACUCUGUACAUCAGGAAGAAUAGCAAGUAUCUAGUUGUGUUGUGGGUUCAGACACAGGCAGCGAACAGUGCUUGUGGCAGGAACUUGUCCCACAUGUGGGUUUUGCCAUCGCACAUCUUCAACAACAUCUUCCUAAGGAUUCUGUUCAGGCAUUUGCACUUACUGUUUGUUCUUGGGUGGAAUGCCAUUGUGCACAGGUAUCAGACUUUCAAGAUGAAGUUUGCAACUGUUGCUGCAUCAGAAUGUUCAUAGGCUUUGGCGAUCAGCCAAGAUGUAGCAUAGUCAAUGGCUA